UAUUUUUAUUUUUAAACAUUGUUGUUUAGAUAUCUCUAUAUAUAUAAUUUAAUAUGGCGGCAACACCAGGGUCAACAUUUGUUGCUCGCAUUGGUACACGUGUUGAAGUUGUUGGAAAAGGCUUGACUGGCACAGUGAGUUAUGUUGGUAUGACUGCAUUUGCAGCUGGUAAAUGGGUGGGAGUUGCGUUAGAUGAACCGAAAGGGAAAAACGAUGGCACAGUGCAAAGCAAGAAAUAUUUUGAAUGUCCACCGAAUCAUGGUAUUUUUGUGCGUCAGACACAACUUGCUGAGUUAAAAGAUGAUCCUAAGGUACAGGAAGCAAUCAAAUCACCUAAAAGUGGAAUAAUACCUCCUUCAAGUGGAUUGUCAAAGAUAGCUGGGCUUCGCAAGCCAGGAUACUCAUCACAACCUGCCCAAGCGAAGCCAGCUGAAUCUCCAAGAACAACUGGAAUACGACCUCCUUCAAGUGCAAUUCCAAAAACUUCUUCUUCACCACCACCAGCGCAAAAUAAAAUUGCAGAGCCUCCUAGAACGCCAUCCCCAGCUACUGGAAUUCAAAAACCAAGAACUUUAUCUCCUCCUGGAUCAGCUAUUGGCAAACCAAAGACUGCGUUAACAAAAACUGGGCAAGGCAUUGGGAGGCCUUCAAGUACCGAAGAUGUAACUAGAGGUUUGCCGAGACCAGGAUCUGGUUUGCAGAGACCGCAAAGUGGACUUCAAAAGCCUUCCCAACAAAGUUCGGCAACACCCUCAAAAAACCAACAAAGUGGACUGUCUAAGGCAUCAACACCAGCACAGAAGUUGCCACAGUCCUCUGGGUUAGCACAACCGGCAGCUUCGAAGAAACUAUCAUACCAACAAGAUGCAGAGGUUGUGCAAACUGUAAACAACGAAGAUGUGUCCAAGCCAAGGAGUUUAUCUACUGAGGCGCCCUUAAUAAAAGAACAGGAGAGUUAUGCUCCAAUAGAAAAGAAAAUCUCGACAGAACAUUUGCCACCAGCUCACAAAGUUGUUGCGGCACCAGAGGAAGUGUUGGAACUACAAAGAAAAGUGCUCGAAAAAGAUAAAAUGGUGAUUGAUUUGGAAGAGAAGUUAAAUGUGUUGAAACAAAAGAGACAAGCUGAUCUUGCUAAACUGAAAGAAGUUGACAAACUAAGAAUGCAAAACCAGCAGUUUUUGGAGUACAAAGCAAAGUGGCAAGAGUCUCAGCGGGAACUUCAAAAUCAGUUGCGACAAGCACAAAACGAGGCAAGAGAAGUUGCUGAUCAGAUGAGUUCAGAAGGAGAUUUAACUGAACUUCAAGAAGCUGUCGAGAUGGCUACCCUUGAUAAAGAGAUGGCUGAAGAGAAGUACGAGAGUUUAGUGCAAGAGCAUGACCAACUGAAAGAGAAGCAUGAAGAAGUUUCUUUGGAGUUGGAAAUUUUAAAAAAUGAAAUAAGUGAAGGAGGCGUUGAGACAGUUGCAGCUUCUGCUCAAGCGAAACAAAUCGAACAGCAAAACACAAGAUUAAAGGAAGCUCUAGUGAAGCUCAAAGAUAUUGCUCAAAAUGACAAAAUGGAGCUGGCUCAAAUACAAAAAGUUAAUAAAGAACUGAACCAAAAAUUAUCAACAACAGGCAGUGAGAGAGACAAGCUGCAAGAAAGGUUACAAGUCGCAGAAUCACAAGUCGAUGAGUUGAAGGAACAGGUCGACAUGGCACUUGGUGCAGAAGAAAUGGUUGAAAAAAUGACAGAUAAAAAUCUUGAGCUUGAAGAUAAAAUUGAAAAACUUGAAGAAACCAUUCAAGACCUUGAAGCUUUAAGAGAACUGAACGAAGAACUAGAAGAAAGUCAUGUUCAAACUGAGCAUGAUUUACGAGAGGAAAUAGCUAUGGCGGAUAAUAAAAUUAGAGAGUGUGAGCGACAGGUUACAGCUCAAAUAGAGCAAGCUAAUGAUUAUCAAGAAACCAUCGUUAAAUUCAGACAGCUUGUUCAAAAUUUGCAGAAUCGCAUCAAAGAAUUGCACGAUCAGUCCACUGAUUCUUUACCAGCCGCGGACCUAGACACUACUCCAGUUCCUGAGAUUGACUUCAAAACAAAGUUUGCUGAAGCAAAGCAAUAUGGACGUAUGAUCGAACUUGAGUUAAACAAAUAUCAUGUCAAGGAAGCCAAUAAGAAAAUUGAAAUGAUCAACUCGUUCUUACCAGAGCAUUUCACGAAGAGAGGAGCUGACUAUGAUGGGAUAUGUUUGUUAUUGUUGUUGGAAAGAAUAAAGUUUAAAUGUCAAUUGCUUUCAAGUCAACUUCACGAAAAGCAUGAUGUUGAUGAAAUUGUCGAAGGGGGACAAUCAUUAGAAGGUGUGAAAGGUGAUCAAGCAAGUUAUGCAUGUCUGUUGGCAUAUAACUUGUCAAACUUUCACACUGUCGUGUCGCAAUUCCACAGAGCUUUGAAUGAAACAGACGUUCCUACAUUUGUGCGAGUAUCUGGCCAGUAUCCAGAGUUGGCAGCGCACGAGAAGAUACUGGAUAAUUACAUUGAACUGCUUAGCAAAGAUCUGCUUGAUGAUACUGUUUCUCUUGAAGUGCUGGAGAAGACGAUUAAUCAAUACAAGAAUUUCUACAAACUUAAUUUGGCGUCUGCACCACGUGAUUGCACAGAGUUUCUAGCUGAUGCUCUUGUUAUGUUUAAUAAUGGUGCGAAAGCUGUGUCGACUGAUUCACAACGUUUGAAAGCUCUUGCUAAGAGUUGUGAGGAGGGAAGUAUUUUCAUCAACUUGUUGAGUUUUAUGGAAUUGAAGAACAUGGAAGUCAAACAACUUUGCAAAAAGAUCAAGAGAAGAAUGAUUCAGGAUUCAAGUACAACUUUGUUGUAUCCAGCGAAUGUGACGCAAGAUAUACUUGAUGCUUUACAAGAACAAGGUGUACUUGUUCGAUACGUGCAAGAUUUGGCAUCUGUUUUGUCCUUAAAGUCUGCCCAACUUCCAGAGGGAGAAUUACUUUUGAGUGGUCACCUCGAAGAGUCAUCUCAAGACUGUGUCACUUUGGUAUAUGAACGGGAUGAUGAGGCCAUGGAGGUUUUGAGUGAGAGCUUCAAGAAAAUCUUGUCUUGUUUGUCUGGGUUGGCCAUCAAACUUCCUGAAGGAGAAUAUGAUACGGAACCUGAACAAAAGCCUACGCCUCCUUACUUAAAUCGAGCUAAUGCGUUCAAAGAGGAACUUUCGUCCACAACCAAGUUGGAAACCAAACUCGAUGCAAAAAGUCACGAAAUUAACGAACUGAAGCGAGUUAUUAAGCUGAAGGCUGACGAAUUAAGUGAAGCUAACAUUCGAAUUGGUAUGCUUGAUAAGCGAUCUGACAACGCAGCUAAAGAGUCUGGUGUGAAAGUCGAACAAAUGACGAAGAAAUAUGAGCAACUGCAAGCGGAGUUUAAUGAGAAAUCCAGACAAAACGAAAAGACUAUGGAUGCGCUGCAAAGCGACAUUGACGCUUUAGAGAACGAAAACGCUGAGUUAAAGAAAAAAGUCGAGUUACACUCGAAGAAAUCGUCCAAUUUAGACUUUUCUCGUUUGUCGCAAGGCUCCGCUGCUAUGUCUGGCAUCGUGUCUCCUGGUAAACCUGGAUCAGCCAUGGCGUCGCUAGCAAAGGCAGGUGUCGCGGGUACCUCCACAGUUCAAGUUGUGUUGCAAGACUCGCCGAUAUUUUUGUCACAGCUUGAAUGUCAGAAAAAAGCCUUGGCAUAUCUUCAAACAGAAAAUUGGGCUUUAAAGUGUGCUAAAAUGAAGGCUGAUUUGGCGCAAAUGCCGAAACCGUACAUCCCAAAGCUUAUUUGGAAGGACGGAAAAUUUGUUCCUAAUCCGAACUUCAAAGAAACGACUGAUAAUAGAGAAUCGAAAUUAACCUCUCAUGGUGUCAUGAAAGAAUGCAGAACACUUUUUAAGAAUUUAAACAAUCUUGCUGUUUUCCCCAAAGUGAUUGACAUCACAAGAAAAAAAGGAGCGAAUGGAAAGUUUAAGCCAUCUCCAGAAGAACAGUUUGCGCAACAGAAAAAUAUUCUUAUCAAGUUGAACAGACAGAAAGACGAGCUUGCAAAGAAGAUUGAAACUGUGAUCACGAACGAGUUACCAGGAGCAAGCACUCACAGCGACCUGCGAAAUUUUAUCUCGCCUGAUUAUGUUCGAUUGCGACAAGAGAGUCAAACACCGAUCCAUGUUGCCACGUUACGUGUUCCGAAAGUAAACACUGGUGUAAAACCGGGCGUUCGAAAUGUCUCGAUCACACCUCAAGAAUUUACUCGCCUACACGAAGUGCUCGUGAAAACAUAACCAACACAUAUAUUUAUGAUGAACAUUUUUGUGUGGUCCGUGUCGUUUGUGUAAUUUUAUGUUUGUUAGGUUACCUUGUUGAUGAUGCUCGCGAAUUUAAAAGUUUUGACUUGUAAUGUAGAGAAACCUCUUAGGACUUGCAAGCGACCCAAUAGGUGUAGAUCCCACGCUAUAUGGUCGUAAUUUUGGCAUAAUUGUUUUACGACAACCACCUCACCUCUAUAUCAUCUGCAAGUAGGUAAUAAAUAACUAAAAAUAUUUGAUAAUGUCUAACAUCAUUUUCACCUCUUGGAAAGCAUUGUACAGAUUGUCCGUCCUCCUCUGUUGUUGUAGUGGUGUAUGUUAUAAAUUAUUUUUGUGGCUUUGUGUAGUCAAUAUAACGAAUCUGUACACUUUA